AUGUUGAUCAUAAGGAACUCGAGCUGGGACGGCUCGAAUGCUUGCAUGGCCUUUUCUUUUAUUUAAUCAAAUCCGAUAUGCUGUCCAAAAUUCUACCAUUAUCAUGAUCGUUGCCGAUCGCCGAUAAAAAUCCGUCAUGCAAGCUAGCUGCUGACUUGCUGAACAUGUACCUCAAUAAUAUUGAUACAGAUGUUGUUGUUAAAACUGAUAACGGGGAGCUUUUUGCGCAUCGGUUUUCUCGGACGGCAGUGCAUUAUGCCUUAUCAUUUCUCUACGGCGGUCUGACAUCCAUUGGAGAAGAUGUGGACGCCUGGGAGCUCACUUCGCUUGCUACUCAUCUGAACAUGGAGGGUCUUAUUCGAGUCAUUCUUUUGCAUUUCCGCGCUACCAAAUGCCACUUCUUCCAUCGAGCAUUAUCAUGGCAAGCAAAGCAUUUUGCUCGUAUCUGGAAAGGACGCGUAUUCAUGCAUCUGAAUCCACGUUGGCAGAAGGAAUGCUUCGAAGCGAUUGUGCAGGAGCUGGAUGAAGAAUCGUUGAUCGAUUUACUGCUUGGCUGCCAGAGGCUUCAGGUUAGUAUAUGUUGUAUUUCUCGGUACAGUCAAACUUACGUAAAGUGGACUAGUCCGAUUGCUAAGCUGCAUCGAGGCACUUUUGACACUGCUCUGAAGUCGUCGAUCGCUUCUUCCAAACGAAUUUAA